GUCUCGGAGGAGAAGAAGUGUGGAGGUUGAAGAAGGGAGAAAUGAGCGGUCAUGAUUCUAAAUACUUUUCGACUACGAAGAAGGGAGAGAUCCCUGAGCUUAAAGAAGAGCUGAAUUCACAGUAUAAGGAUAAGAGGAAAGAUGCUGUUAAGAAGGUUAUUGCGGCAAUGACUGUUGGAAAGGAUGUUUCGUCACUUUUCACUGAUGUAGUCAAUUGCAUGCAAACGGAGAAUCUGGAGUUGAAGAAGCUUGUUUACUUGUAUCUGAUAAACUAUGCAAAAAGCCAGCCGGAUCUUGCUAUCCUCGCAGUUAAUACUUUUGUAAAGGAUUCACAAGACCCAAAUCCAUUGAUCCGGGCUUUGGCUGUGCGAACAAUGGGCUGUAUUCGUGUUGAUAAGAUCACAGAAUAUUUGUGUGAUCCUCUUCAGAAAUGCCUAAAGGAUGAUGAUCCAUAUGUCCGCAAGACAGCAGCUAUUUGUGUUGCUAAACUGUUUGACAUAAAUGCUGAAUUAGUUGAGGAUAGGGGGUUCCUUGAAGCCUUAAAGGAUUUAAUAUCAGACAAUAAUCCAAUGGUUGUAGCAAAUGCAGUAGCAGCCCUUGCAGAGAUACAAGAGAAUAGUACUAGUCCCAUAUUUGAAAUCAAUAGUACCACCCUCACAAAGCUCCUUACAGCUUUGAAUGAAUGUACUGAAUGGGGUCAAGUAUUUAUAUUAGAUGCUUUGUCGAGGUAUAAGGCAGCUGAUCCUCGUGAAGCUGAGAAUAUUGUUGAGAGAGUCACUCCAAGGUUGCAACAUGCCAACUGUGCUGUUGUGCUUUCAGCUGUUAAGAUGAUCCUUCAGCAGAUGGAGCUUAUUACUAGUACAGAUGUGAUUCGAAAUCUUUGCAAGAAGAUGGCUCCUCCCCUAGUUACAUUGCUUUCUGCAGAACCUGAGAUACAGUAUGUUGCACUUCGUAACAUUAACCUUAUUGUCCAAAAGAGACCCACUAUUCUUGCCCAUGAAAUCAAGGUGUUCUUCUGCAAGUAUAAUGAUCCUAUUUAUGUCAAAAUGGAGAAGUUAGAAAUUAUGAUAAAACUUGCUUCUGACAGAAACAUAGACCAGGUUCUUCUGGAGUUCAAAGAAUAUGCCACGGAGGUAGAUGUAGAUUUUGUUCGGAAGGCUGUUCGUGCAAUAGGCCGAUGUGCCAUCAAACUAGAAAGAGCAGCUGAACGUUGCAUCAGUGUUUUACUUGAGCUGAUCAAGAUCAAAGUAAACUAUGUUGUUCAGGAGGCCAUUAUAGUCAUCAAAGAUAUCUUUAGAAGAUAUCCAAACACGUAUGAGUCCAUAAUUGCAACACUCUGUGAGAGUCUAGACACAUUGGAUGAACCAGAAGCUAAGGCAUCUAUGAUUUGGAUCAUUGGUGAAUAUGCUGAAAGAAUCGACAAUGCGGAUGAACUUCUUGAAAGCUUCUUGGAGAAUUUUCCUGAGGAACCAGCACAGGUCCAGCUGCAGCUUCUUACAGCUACAGUCAAACUAUUUCUGAAAAAGCCAACUGAAGGCCCACAACAAAUGAUUCAGGUUGUCUUGAAUAAUGCUACUGUUGAGACAGAUAAUCCUGAUCUCAGGGAUCGUGCAUACAUCUACUGGCGUCUUCUAUCUACUGAUCCCGAGGCGGCCAAGGAUGUUGUUUUAGCUGAAAAGCCUGUGAUUACUGACGACUCAAACCAACUUGAUCCGUCGCUCCUGGAUGAGCUACUUGCAAAUAUAUCCACCUUGUCCUCUGUGUAUCACAAGCCGCCAGAGGCUUUUGUAACCCGCUUGAAAACCACAGUUCAGAAAACGGAAGAUGAGGACUAUGUUGAAGGGAGCGAAACAGGAUAUCCUGAGGCAUCUGGUAUUCCGGUUGAUGGUGCAGCUUCCCCUCCAGCUACCACAGGCUAUGUCCCAAAGCCAGCUGCUGCCCCAGCUCCUGUGCCCGAUCUGCUUGGUGACCUAAUGGGGUCAGAUAAUGCUGCAAUCGUCCCUGUAGAUGAACCCACAACUCCGUCAGGUCGCCCGCUUCCUGUUGUCCUGCCAGCAUCAAAAGGUCAAGGUCUGCAGAUUAGCGCUCAAUUAACCCGACAAGAUGGUCAAGUAUUCUACAGUAUGCUCCUCGAAAACAACUCGCAGUCACUUCUUGAUGGCUUCAUGAUUCAGUUCAACAAAAACUCAUUCGGCCUUGCAGCUGUCGGACCUCUCCAGGUUCCGCCUCUGCAACCCGGAGCAUCUGCCAGGACAAUGUUGCCAAUGGUAUUGUCCCAGAACAUGUCUGCUGGCCCCACCAGCUCGGUUUUGCAAGUUGCCGUUAAAAACAACCAGCAGCCUGUCUGGUACUUCGAGGAUAAGAUUGUACUUCACUCUCUUUUCUCAGAAGAUGGUAGGAUGGAACGCGGAACCUUCCUCGAGACAUGGAGAUCGUUACCAGAUUCAAACGAGGUCCAGAAGGAAUUCCCCGGGAUAACCAUCAUGAGCGUGGAGUCAACACUAGACUUGCUCGCCGCAUCAAACAUGUUCUUCAUAGCAAAGCGUAAGAACGGAAACCAAGACGUGCUCUAUCUUUCAGCCAAGGUACCGAGAGGCAUACCGUUCUUGAUCGAACUAACAGCCAUGGUGGGUCAACCUGGUCUGAAAUGUGCAGUCAAGACUCCAACACCUGAGAUCGCUCCUCUCUUCUUUGAAGCCGUCGAAAUUCUUUUCAAAGCUUGAGAUUUUGAUUUUACACUGUCAAAAAGGUAACAAAAAAUCAUUCCCCUUUUUCUUCUUUUAGUGUAUGUAGUAACUAGUAAGUGAUUGUUGUUACUCACUGUUUGUUUCUAAUUUUUGUAUUUGGAACUCACUCGUUUAUUCUCGAAAGAGCUAUGAUUUUUUUUUUUUUUGGUUGUUGUUCCCAAAAUGUUUUUGAUUAACUAGUAGUGUGAUGAUGACUUAUUAUCAGCAAAUGCUAUUUUUAGUGUUCAGUGACCGACAUGAAAUCAAAAAGUUCUCCAAGU